CAUGAUAAAACUUGUGCUGUUGCCCCAUUAAAAGAAAAUAAAUGAAUGAAAAACAUGCUCUAGAACUUUUUCAAUCAUCAAUUAUAUUCAGAUUGAACGCAUUCAAAACCCUUCAUUGUACAAACAAUAUAACUUGAGAAAGAAGGAUGUUAAAGAACAUAUGGUGUCUUCACAUCCUGUUGAGAGAGAACUCUUCCAUGGGACUUCACAGAACGAUGCAGACACGAUAUGUACAGAUGGUUUUAACAGAAGCUUUGCUGGGAAAAAUGCUACACUGUAUGGAAAAGGUUCUUAUUUCGCUGUCAAUUCAUCUUACUCCAUGGAUUAUGCAUCAUCGUGCAUGUUUCUUGCAAGCGUUAUCACAGGGGAUUAUUGCCAAGGUCGCCACAGUAUGAUAGUACCUGAUGUGAAGCCUGGCAGAGAUGGAAACAACAGAAGAUAUGACAGCGCUGUGAAUUCAACCACUAAUCCGACCAUUUUUGUUUCUUUCAGCGACCCUAAUGUAUAUCCAAGCUAUCUACUCACAUUAAGAUAAAUAUAUUUACCUUUAGUUGUACUUUACAAUGUAGCACCCUUUAGGUGUCAGGGUGAUGGGUCAACUCUUGCCUAAAUCUUGGGUGUCAUGCUGUAGUCCUAGUUCCCCAUCCUAUGUAGAAUAAAAUCUUAGUAUUUUGUUUGUUUUUCACUGCUUAGUAUUAUCCAACCAUGUGCAUUUUAAAAACAGUUCCUGCCUACAUGAUCUUCAUUAGUUUGCUGCCUCAUGCUUUCCUUUGGACUUACAGUUUAAGCCAGAGUUGACUAAUUACCGCAUCUCCCAUGGUGUUGCAGUAUGGGCCUUACCAUAUAUUGUGUUAGUAGUUUUUAGGUUGAUAAAGCUGCCUUGGCAAAUUAUGCUGUCUGCCGAUUUUGCAAAAAAAGUUUUGCAUGGAAUUAAAACUUUCUUUCAAAUUAAAUUAUCACUUGGCAAAUUAGUUGAUUUUUCUGCUUUAACCUUUCUAUUAAAAAAAUACCACUCUUGUGUAUCUGCCUAUGGCCCUAUAUCAAUAUAACUACUUAACUGAUUUCGUUUUUUCUGCUGUUCGUAUCACAGUAUUGCUGUAUCAGCCAUUCAAUUAUUAUUUCAUAAUCCAUCAUUUGUUGCUCUAAUUAUUCAAUCAUUUUGUUUUAAAGUGUUGCAGUUCCUGAUUGAAGUUCAUAAGCUUGCUUUGUAUAGAAUUUCAUUUGCAUCAAUUGCAAUUAAACAUAAAAUUCCAAACUG